CGUGAGUAUGUAAUCUCUUUUUAAUUUGUGCCUCAUUUCUCUCUGGGCAGCUUCUCAGAUCUGCCCCUUUUCUCAGCUUCUUUCGUAAUCGUCUUUUUCGCUUGAGCCAUCCGAGAUUAAGAAAUGGGGUUGUCUUUCACCAAGCUCUUCAGUCGGCUUUUUGCCAAAAAGGAGAUGAGAAUUCUAAUGGUUGGUCUCGAUGCCGCUGGUAAGACCACCAUCUUGUAUAAGCUCAAGCUGGGAGAGAUUGUGACGACCAUUCCUACAAUCGGAUUCAAUGUGGAGACUGUUGAAUAUAAGAACAUUAGCUUUACCGUCUGGGAUGUCGGGGGUCAGGACAAGAUUCGACCUCUGUGGAGACACUACUUCCAGAAUACUCAAGGACUCAUCUUUGUGGUUGACAGCAAUGAUCGUGACCGUGUUGUCGAGGCUAGGGAUGAGUUGCAUCGUAUGUUGAAUGAGGAUGAGUUGAGGGAUGCUGUGCUGCUUGUAUUUGCUAACAAACAGGAUCUCCCAAAUGCCAUGAAUGCAGCUGAGAUCACAGACAAACUUGGUCUUCACUCUCUUCGCCAACGUCACUGGUACAUCCAGAGCACAUGUGCCACAUCUGGGGAAGGACUCUACGAGGGUCUGGAUUGGCUCUCCAACAAUAUUGCUAACAAGUCUUAAAAAGACCUGAUCUCUGUUGAAGGAUUUCACGCAGCAAUUGGUGUCAUCAUGAUGCUGCUCCCCUUAUAUUUGGUGUUGAUGGAUUCUUUUUUAUCUUUUUUUUUACUGUCAUUAAUUAAUGUAUCUGUUCAGAUUUUGUUACCACAAAAUAGAAAUUGCCAUUUUAUCCUGUAGAUGCUAAAUAAUUCAUGGUUCUCAGAAUAUAUAAACGAUUCAUCUUUUA